UUGCAAUGGCAAGCAGCGAUGUGCUUCCACAGAUUACUGUACCGGAGAUGAAUGAGUUCUUUGAUCCUUCGUCACCGGAUUCUCAAGAACUACAUGUCCUUGCCGUUGACGAUAGUCUCGUCGAUCGUAAAGUAAUCGAACGGUUGCUCAAGAUCUCCUCUUGUAAAGUGACGGCUGUAGAUAGUGGAACCAGAGCUCUUCAAUUUCUUGGAUUGGAUGGGGAGAAGAGUUCCGAGGGAUUCAAUGAUUUGAAGGUCAAUAUGAUAAUAACGGAUUACUGUAUGCCUGGAAUGAACGGAUAUGAGUUGCUGAAGAAAAUCAAGGAAUCUUCGACUUUCAGAGAAAUUCCAGUGGUGAUUAUGUCGUCGGAAAACGUCUUGCCUCGAAUCGAUAGGUGUUUGGAAGAAGGAGCAGAGGAAUUUAUUGUGAAACCUGUAAAGCUUUCUGACGUGAAACGAUUAAAAAAUUAUCUAACGAGAGUUGGUGGUGGAGGUGAAACCGAUGCAAAAUGGAUCCAACAAAGUCACAAGAGAAAGUUACAAGAUGCCACUACCACAGAUCUAUCAUCAUUAUCAUCGUCUCCUUCAUCUUCACCGUCAUCUUCGCCGACCUCCAUGUCGACGACAUCACCACCAUUACCGUCGUCGCCGGAAUCUCCUUCAAGACGACUUAGAAUUAACCCCGAUUGUGAAUCAUGACUCUUAGCCUGCAACUUUUCAUAUUUUACUCAAAUUUUUUCGUUACUUGGAGAAGAAUUUUAUUAUCUUCUCUUUUUUUUUUUUUUUUUUUUUGUGUGGAUUAGACUUUUGUUGGUGUACAUCACAAGAUAAUUGAUACUGAUUUACUAC